AUGAUCGAGGAGGUCUCAGACGACAAGACACCAUGGAUGGCGGACGUCAUCGUCGCUGGCAUCAACAAGGUCGAGUACGACGACAAACUCGCUUACCUCGCCGCUGCUGGCCCUGACCAACGUCUCCGUCGCGCAACAGAGCUGUUCAUCAAGCAGGCAUCCAUCUCCGAAGUCACGAAGAAGAUCGCGCAGUCCGUCGAUGAGUCCCUCUCAAAGCAACAGAAGGAGUUCUUCCUCCGGCAGCAGCUCGCCGCCAUCCAGCGCGAGCUCAAUAGCCUCAACCGCUCGUCACAGGGUUCCGAAGCUCCAGGGGCACGGACGCCCAAGACGCCGUCGGAGCUCGACGACAACGAGCAGUCGGAGGCCGACGAUAUGGCGGAGAUCAAGUCGAAGACCGAAGCCAUGGCGAAGGACAGUGACGAGCGCAAAAUGGCCGUGCAAGAGUGGAAGCGGUUACAGCGCAUCCCGUCCGGGAGCGUUGAGCAUGGCGUCAUCCGUAACUACGUAAGUCGCACCCCUUCUCGCGACUGUCCUGGCUGUUGA